ACAUGGACAGUCUGCAGGACAGAGACUAAAGAAGUCAUGUGGAAAGGGUUCGACGAACUGCUGCACAAACACUAACCUCCACCUGUGCCACAGCCUGGCUUGUGAUUGGUCGGCCUGGUGUGACAUCACAGAGCCUUCUGUUGAUAAGAUGUGAGAUUGUGACAAAGUGAAGCAGAAGCAGCAGUUUGUCUCUGUUUCCUCUGAAGGUGCAGCCUCUUCACUUCAACCUGCAGGAUAUAAAUACAGCUCAUCAGAGAUCCAGACAGGCUGACAUCAGGAUUUUCAGCAGAACUCUGACAAUGAAGCUGCUCUCAGUCGUCCUCCUCGUCCUGGCUCCAGUGUUGACCAGCUGCACAAAGAUCGUCCGGCCAGUGGACUGCAGUGACAUCUACCAACAAGACAAGACCAGACCCAGCGGAGUGUACACCAUCUAUCCCAUCGGAUCCACGUCUGCUGUCCAGGUGUACUGUGACAUGCAGUCAGAAGGAGGACAGUGGACGGUGUUCCAGAGGAGGAUGGACGGCUCGGUGAACUUCUACAGACCCUGGGAUCAGUACAAGAUGGGCUUUGGUAUAGCUGCUGGAGAGUACUGGCUCGGUCUUGAGAACAUCCACCAACUGACCCGCCAGCGAAAGUACGAGCUGCUGGUCGACAUGGAGGACUUUGAUGGAAACAAAGUGUUUGCUCGUUACUCCUCGUUCUCUGUCGAAUCUGAAUGUGACGGAUAUGCACUGCAUGUCUCUGGAUUUAAAAAUGGAGGGGCGGGAGACUCCUUGACAUAUCACAACAAAAAGAAGUUCUCCACCUUCGACAAAGACCAGGACACCCAUUCAACUGACAACUGUGCCAGAAAAUACCUGGGGGGAUUCUGGUACCAAUCUUGUCACCAGGCAAACCCCAACGGGGUUUAUCUUUGGGGGGCUGAAAAAAAACACUCUGGUAUUGGAGUGAAUUGGUUACAUUAUAAGGGUCAUAACUACUCCCUGAAGAGCAUCAGCAUGAAGAUCCGUCCUGUGAAGUAGUUCUCCAGGUCAAACAUACAGCAGAAGAUCAGCUGAUGAUUUUUCUCUCUUUUCUUCAUCCUCUUUACAUGAAACAGACACAGAGUCUGAUAACAUGCCGACAACUUCAUUAACUUCCAACUCAACUUAUAGCAAAGCAAAAGACAAAAAAAAAACAUAAAAACAACAUAAAUAUUUCCAAGUUCAAUCAAAGUUUGAUUGUGUGUGAAAUAAUAAAAUCUGAGCAGAAAGCUGA